GUCCAUUUCUGUGGCUGGAGUUUUGUGGAGAUUCUUCCUUGGCGGAGCAUUAGGAAAAGGCUGCCUCCUUGGGCCAGAAGGGUGGGGAAGAUCUGGUUCAGGGCGAGGGCAUGGCAGGGGGCAGGUGAGAUCCGUCGGGGCGGGGUUGGCGCCCAGGAAGGCAUGGCUUGGUCCCGAGGGCGAGGAGGAGGCGGAGGAAGAGAGCUCUCGCCCGGCAAAGGCCCCUUCUCCUUCCAGGCAGCCCCAGGGCGGCGGAUGCGGAGGAUGGGCGGCUUCUGCUGCUGCCUCUCCGCCGAGGAAAAGGCCACCCGGAGCCUGAGCCUGGAGAUCGAGCGGCGGCUGCGGCAGGACAAGCACAACGCGCGCAAGGAGCUCAAGCUGCUGCUCUUGGGUACAGGAGAAAGUGGAAAGAGUACAUUUAUUAAACAGAUGAGGAUUAUUCAUGGAACAGGCUACACGGAAGAAGAUCGGAAAGGCUUCCAAAAAUUGGUUUAUCAAAAUAUCUAUUCUGCUAUGCAGGCUAUGAUCAGAGCGAUGGAUGCUUUACAAAUACCAUAUUCAUCUGAGCAGUGCAAGGAGAAUGGCCAGAUGAUUGAAAAAGUGGAUGUAGACAAAGUAACAACGUUGGAAAGCAAACACGUGGAAGCAAUUAAAAGGUUGUGGGAGGACCCGGGAAUUCAAGAAUGCUAUGAUAGGCGGAGAGAAUACCAGUUGUCAGACUCAGCUAAAUAUUACCUAUCAGACUUAGACCGUAUUGCCAUGCCAUCAUUUUUGCCAACUGAGCAAGAUGUUCUCAGAGUGAGAGUACCAACCACCGGAAUUAUUGAAUAUCCUUUUGAGCUAGAAAAUAUUAUUUUUAGAAUGGUAGAUGUCGGUGGACAGAGAUCAGAAAGAAGGAAAUGGAUUCACUGUUUUGAAAGUGUUACCUCCAUAAUAUUCUUAGUUGCCUUGAGUGAAUAUGACCAAGUCUUGGCAGAAUCUGACAAUGAGAAUCGUUUGGAAGAAAGCAAGGCCUUAUUCAAAACAAUCAUCACAUACCCUUGGUUUUCAAAUUCAUCAAUCAUUUUAUUUUUAAAUAAAAAGGAUCUUUUAGAAGAGAAGAUUAUGUAUUCCCAUUUGGUCACCUAUUUCCCACAGUUCACAGGUCCGAAGCAAGAUGUUAAAGCUGCUAAAGACUUCAUUCUGAAUUUAUACCAGGAGCAGAAUCCAGACAAAGAGAAAGUGAUGUAUUCCCAUUUUACCUGUGCCACUGACACAGAGAACAUUCGAUUUGUCUUCGCUGCCGUGAAAGACACCAUCCUGAAUAUAAAUCUGAAGGAGUUCAACUUGGCAUAAGGAAAAGGGGGCUGUUCCUCUCUCCCAGUUACAUUUACUGGACAAAAUCCUUUGUAUUUCACCAUUAUCAAAGAUAGCAUUUUCUGACAAUUUUCAGCACUCUUCUAUCCAUGGAAAUAUUUCUCUAAACAGAAAUGAAUUCAGCAGAUGACGUUUACAGUUCUUAAUCUAUAUACUUUAUAUAUAUAUAAAUAUAUUACUAUAUACUUUAAUUUUUGUGUUUUAGGUGACUGAAAAAAGGUUCUCUACAUCUGACACAUGCAGUGUUUCUCACAUUUGAGUUAUACAUUUAAAUGACAGAUGCCUUGCUAUGGCAGUUUCAGUUUAGUUUGUUUGGGAUUGAAAAAAAAAAUAAAAGUGUAUUAAAGCCACA